UUAGAUGCGAUCUUUGAUUAGGGAUACAUUGCCACUUCGAGGAUAAUCUGGGAUUUGCAGUCUUUUUCUGAUCGAUUUCUGGGAAAGUUUUCUACCUUUCUUCAUGAAUGAACACCGAUCCUCGGGAAUUCCUUGUUUGAAUUCAGCACCUGGGUUCUAAGCGAGCUCGCUCUUCCAUGGCGCCUAGGUGGAAAUGGAAAGGUGCAGAGGCAAAAGCUCUCGCGGAACCUGUUUCCACAACUAUAUCAGAGCUCCGAUCCUCUCUGAUUCGAUCAGAGGCUUCCGGGUUCCUCUCGAGUUGCAGCAUCCUUCUCGUCGUGGAGCCUGAGCAAGCAGAGCUGCUAGAUAAUGGCUGCUUCGGUAGACCCAUUGUGUCUGCUGAGAAAGAUAAGAGAUGGUUUCAGUUAAGCCUUGAAGAAGCCUUCUUUCUGUUCCACAACCUAAAGUGCAUCAAAAUCUCCAUUCAAGAUCGUUUCUUGGACAACGAAACAGAAGUUUGGCGAAUCAUGAAAUCCAAAAAAGCAAACUUUCCGGUCUAUUACAAGGCGUACUCUCACCUACGGUCCAAGAACUGGAUUUUGAGAUCCGGGUUGCAAUACGGCGUGGAUUUCGUAGCGUACCGUCACCAUCCGUCCCUGGUUCAUUCCGAAUACGCGGUCUUGGUUCAGCCUGGUGAUGGCUAUGGGGGAAACUUCCGGUUAAGGGUCUGGUCCGAUAUCCAUUGCGCUGUACGGUUAUGUGGAAGUGUCGCGAAAACGUUGUUGGUUCUGUACGUCAAUGGAGACUGUAAAGGUGAAGACUUGUCGUCAUGUUUAGAGAAUUACACUGUGGAAGAACAGACCAUAACCAGAUGGAGCCCAGAACAGAGCCGUGAAAACGAAACUUCGGACCAGAGCAGAGUCAAUGCAAGAACAAUAAAACCAUUGACUUCCUCAUAAAGUUGUAUCAUGUUCUCUUCAGAAGUUGUAGUUUUCAUAUCAGACAAGAUUAUAUCCUUUGAUGAACUCGAGAAAAAGGCAGAUUCUACCAG